AUCCUCAGAGACCUCUGUACUUGGUAUCUGAUCUGAUGCCAUGUGGCAUUUACAGGAAUCCUGGCAUGGUGUGGGAAUACCUUGCUUUAAGGAUACUUAGUAGGUGUAAAUGAAAGUUUAAAAUCGUCCGCAGAAGAGUAAUUUGAGUCAUCUUAAAAUCAGGAAGGCUGCUUCUAAGCUUUUCGGCAUCCACGCUGUCAGAUCAGCAGUGCACCUUUGCGUACUAUCCCAAGAAACAUAAUCAUUUUGGGGCCACCGUGAUUGUAAGGCUGGAUUUCAGGAGUCAACAGGCUGCACUUGCGGAGAGAGCUGCAGAGGAGCGGCGUGUGCGUGUACAGGUGGUAACAGCCCUAUCAGCGGAGGAAGCAUAGGUGCUGGUCCUUUCCUCCACAGAAAACUGUCACAGCAGAUAAUCCUUCUGGGUUGUCAAAUUAGGGAUCACUGUCAUACUCUAUCAGAAUGCCUCUGGGACCCUUGGAAAAUGUAUGGGAUUGCUCCGAGGAGGAUGCAGGCAACUGAUCUCCCUCCCUAGACCUCUUUUGUAGAUUCAGCACUGAUGAUGGAGGCUGGCAUUUCUUCUUCACUUCCAUUCUGACUUCUUGCAUGCUCAGGUCUCCAUCUUCAGCCAAAUUCUUCACCUCUCCUCUUUACACUUAUGAUGCCAGUUAUAGAGAUAGGAGAUAAGGGAUCCACAGAGGUCCUCAUCUGGCCCCAUGGAAUCCUCAUCAUUAGCUCCAGGCCCCCUGCCAUUCUCCCUCCUCCCUCUCUCCCCAUCCCCGCAUGCCCAAGUUCUUCUGUCUUUGCUGUCUCCUAUUUAACUAAUUAUUCCCUCCUGGAAAUUCUCUCCCUUGUUUUCUCUGGCAAACUGUUAACCUUUUACAGAAAUGCUCUGAAUUAUUUUUAACGCAAAAAUAGUGACAUUUUUACAGCCAGUGAAACAAUGAAAAGAAGCUAAAAAAUGUUAAUAAUACCACCCAAUUUAUACUUCUUUGAGCUAACAGAUAUUAUGUACAAACUACCAGCUACACCUAUACAUUUAUGAACAUAAAUAUGCACUUUUAUAAAUAGAUACUUUUUUACAACCGACUGUCUAUGAUUCCCCACAAUACAUAUGAUUCUGAAGCUUCCCUUCCCCAGGAAACUGUACAGCAUGGAUGUCCUUCCAGAUUAGCAAAUCCAGUCUAAUUUCUUUCUCGAAUGCUGUGUGAUAGUCCCGUGUGAACACAUUGAGUCUAUCCAGUUAUUUCCUACUGAGAAGCAUGCUGACUUUCUCCAGUUUCUGCCACUUCAAAAAUUCUUUAUAUCAUUGAACACUUUCUAAUAUACUCCUGCUCUUAUUUCUGUAUGAUAUAUUUCCAAAAAUGGGACCACCGAGUCAACAAGUUCUUAGAUAUUGAACUUGAAUCGCCGUUUCCACAUUACUUUCCAAAAAGGGCAUAGAAGUUCACAUCUUUCCCCAAAAUGCAAGUGCGUGCAGUGCUCACUAAACCCCUCUGACCCUGGAUGUCAGGGUUUUUCCAGUUUGUGUGAAAAUGAUAUGGCAUUGGCAGUUUGCAUCGUUUUUUCAUGACUACCUUUUUGAUGCAUUACUGGCCGUCUUGAUUCCAUUUGAUAUAAACCACUUGUUCAUGUCUUUUGCUGGAGUUUCUGUGGGGUUGUUUGUCUCUAUUUCAAUAGUGGAUAGCAGUUCUUUGUUUAGAGGGCUGUUAGUCCCUUGCCUGUGUAUGUGUUUCAACGAUUUUUCUAAGUAUAUUAAUGUCUUUUUAUAUUGUUUAUUUUGCCAUAUUAAGAAACAUUAUCUGGUUAAAUAUUUCUAUUAUUUUUAUUUAUAAUUUCUACCUAUCCUACAUUGCUUCAGAAGGUCUUCAUGCCAUCUGUAAUUCCAGCACUUUGGGAGGCGGAGGCAGGCAUAUUGCCUGAGCCCAGGAGUUCAAGACCAGUGUGGGCAACACAGUGAAACCCUGUCUCUACUAAAAAUACAAAAAUUAGCUGGGCAUGGUGGUGUGUGCUUGUAGUCGUAGCUACUUGGGAGGCUGAAGCAGGAGAAUCACUUGAACCUGGGAGGUGGAGGUUGUAGUGAGCCAAGAUCGUGCCACUAUACUCCAGACUGGCGACACAGCAAGACUCUGUCUCAAAAAAAAAAAAAAAAAAAAAAGGUCUUCAAGCCAAAGUCAUACAAAUACAAAGUCAUACAAAUAUUUGAAUAUAUUUUCUUUUAAUAUUUUUACAGUUAUUUUAUUUUACAUUUAUAUUUUAAAUUUAUCCAAAACUUACUUGUGUUGGGGGUGGGAGGAUAUAAAUUUGUUUUCUGCCUGCUCUGUCUGUUAAAUAAACUACUGUUCCCUGGGGACAGAAAUGGCACCUGGAACAUACAUUGGUCUCAUAGUGCAUUGGUCAGCACAGCUUCAGUGUGAGGCGUACGCUCCCUCCCUGUCAUUCUUUUCUACGGUUUUCUUUCUUGAGUCUGGAUGUACGUUAAUAUAUCUGAAGGGCUUAAGACAGCACCUCUUUUUUGUUUUCUGCUAAAUUUAUUUUGUUUUACUUACAUCUUUAAACAUUCAACUAUGGAAAAUAUUAAACAUCUAUAAAUAUAUACAGAGUAAUAUGCUGAGUCCCAUGUACCCAUCACCCAGCUUCUGUAAUUAUCAAGCUGUGGCUAAUCUUUUUUUUGGGGGGUGGGGGUACCCUCACCCAUUGCUAGUGCAACUACAGGUGUAAACAUGUUCACUGCUUUUAUCAUUAUUACUACUAAUCUUAUUUUUAUAACUUUUAAGUUCAGGGGCACAUGUUUGUUACAAAGGUAAACUUGUGUCAUGGGGGUUUGUUGUACAGAUUAUUUCAUCUCCCAGGUAUUAAGCCUAGUACCCAUUAGUUAUUUUUCGUGAUCUUCUCCCUCCUCCCACCCUCCGCCCUCCAGUAGGCCCCAGUGUGUGUUGUUCCCCUCUAUGUGUCCAUGUAUUCUCAUCAUUUAACUCCCUCUUAUAAGUGAGAACAUGCAGUAUUUGAUUCUCUUUUCCUGCGUUAGUUUGUUAAGGAUAAUGGCCUCCAGCUCCAUCCAUGUCCCUGCAAAAGACAUGAUCUCAUUCUUUUUUAUGGCUGCAUAGUAUUCCAUGAUGUUUAUGUACCGCAUUUUGUUUAUCCAGCUUAUUAUUGAUGAGCAUUUAGGUUGAUUCCAUGUCUUUGCUGUUGUAAAUAGUGCUGUAAUGAACAUACAGGUGCAUGUGCCUUUACAAUAGAAUGAUUUAUAGUGCUUUGGGUAUAUAUCCAGUAAUGGGAUUGCUGGGUUGAAUGAUAUUUCUUUCUAUUUUUAGUUCUUUGAGAAAUCACCACACUGUCUUCCACAACGGUUGAACUAAUUCACACUCCUACCAACAAUGUAUAAAUGUUCCUUUUUCUCCACAACCUUGCCAACAUCUGUUAUUUUUUGACUUUUUUUUUUUUUUUUUUUGAGACAGAGUUUCACUCUGUUGCCCAGGCUGUAGUGCAGUGGUGCGAUCUCAAUCUUGGCUCACUGCAACCUCUGCCUCCCAGGUUCUAGCAAUUCUCCUGCAUCAGCCUCCCGAGUAGCUGGGAUUACAGGUGUGUGCCACCACACCCAACUAAUUUUUUUGUAUUUUUAGUAGAGAUGGGGUUUCCCCAUGUUGGCCAGGCUGGCCUUGAACUCCUGACCUCAGUUGAUCCACCCCCGCCUUGGCCUCCCCAAGUGCUAGGAUUACAGGCAUGAGCCACCAUGCCCGGCAAUUUUUUGACUUUUUAAUAAAAGCCAUUCUGACUGGUGUGAGAUGGUAUCUCAUUGUGGUUUUGAUUUGCAUUUCUUUAAUGAUCAGUGAUAUUGAACUUUUAUUCAUAUGAUUGUUGGCUACAUGUCUUCUUUUGAGAAGUGUCUGUUCAUGUCCUUUGCCCGCUUUUUAAUGGUUUUUUUUUCUUGUAAAUUUGUUUGAGUUCCUUAUAGAUGCUGGAUAUUACACCAUUGUUAGAUGCACAGUUUGCUGAAAUUUUCUCCCAUCCUAUAGGUUGUCUGUUUACUCUGUUGGUGUUUCUUUUGCUAUGCAGAAGCUCUUUAAUUAGAUCCCAUUUGUCAAUUUUUGCUUUUGUUGCAAUUGCUAUUGGCAUCUUCAUCAUGAAAUCUCUGCCUGUACCUAUGUCCAGGAUGGUAUUGCCUAGGUUAUCUUCCAGAGCUUUUAUAGUUUUGGGUUUUACAUUUAAGUCUUUAAUCCAUCUUGAGUUGAUUUUUGUAUAUGGUGGAAGGAAGGGGUUCAGUUUCAAUCUUCCAUACAUGGCUAGCCAGUUAUCCCGCAUCACUUAUUGAAUGGAGAGUUUUUUAGAUGUUCCUUGUUUUUGUCAGGUUUGUCAAAGAUUAAAUGGUUGAAGGUGUGCUGUCUUAUUUCUGGGCUCUCUAUUGUAUACCAUUGGUCUAUGUAUCUGUUUUUGUACCAGUACCAUGCUGUUUUGGCUACCGUAGCUGUGUAAUAUAGUUUGAAGUUAGGUAGCAUGAUGCCUCCAGCUUUGUUCUUUUUGCUUAUGAUUACCUUGGCUAUUCAGGCUCUUUUUUGGUUCCAUGUGAAAUUUAAGAUACUUUUUUCUAGUUCUAUGAAAAAUCUCAAUGGUAGUUUAAUAGGAAUAGCAUUGAAUUUAUAAAUUGCUUUGGGCAGUAUGGCUACUUUAAUCAUAUUGAUUCUUCCUAUCCAUGAGCAUGAAAUGUUUCUCCAUUUGUUUGUGUCACAUCUGAUUUCUUUGAGCGGUGUUUUGUAUUUUUCCUUGUAGAGAUCUUUAACCUCCCUGGUUAGCUGUAUUCCUCGGUAUUUUACUCUUUUCAUGACAAUUGUGAAUGGGAGUAUGUUCCUGAUUUAGCUCUUGGUUUGACUGUUGUUGGUGUAUUACUACUAUUCUUAUCAGUUAUUUUGUUCAUACUUCAAAAUAAUUGUAUCCAAUUCCCCGAAAUGCCAUAUUAGAACUCUGACAGUGCGUUCCAGCUUUGGGUUAAUUUUGAAAAAAUUGACAUUUUUUAUAUUAAUGUGUUUCACCUGCCCCUGCUGAAACAUGAUAAGCUUCUCUACCUGUAGCUUUCAGGCAUCCUCUGAACACUCUUGUUUUGGUUGGCUGGUUGGGUCUCCUCUUUCUCUUGACUGCUGAUUGUAUUUCUCCAUUAUGUGGCUAAGACUUGAGUCUUGAAUUCUUUUUCUGACAAACUUGCCAUUUGAGAGCACUCAGACAGCAUCCUGUCUAUAGCUCACCCCAUGGUGACAGUUCCAGCCAUGACUUCAUUUAUUCAGCAGAUAUUUGUGGGGUAUUAUGGCCCUGUGCCAUGCUAGGCACAGAAGAGACAGUGGUGAACAAGACGGAUGUAAUCUCUGUUCCCUAAUAGAGCCAUGGGCACGCUCAGGAUAGAGAGCCAGAGGGCUGACCCAGUCUAGGCAGCCAGGGGGUGCUUCCUGGAGGAAAAAGUGUUUAAGUUGAACUCUGAAAGACCAAUAGGAAUUAGCCAGGCUGAGCAGCAGGAUGUGAAUGUUGGGGUAGAGGAGGUAGAGGGUGGAAAGAACACCGAGGCAGAAGAAACAGCUUAUUCACAAAUCCUACAGUUGCCCAGAUAGUGAGUGGGGCCCACGGUGAGUCUGGCAGAGGAGGGGGUGUUGGUGGAGGGUCGGAAAGAGCCAGAGUUGACCAAAUUCAGGGGAGGUAAUGGUGACAGAUGUCAGUGUCAUCUGGUUAGAUUUGCUCUGAGCUGGGCUCUGUUCUCAGCCCUUUGUGUUUGUCUCAGUUCACCCUUACAGCAAUCCACUGAGUUAAGAUGUAAGGAAAUGGAGUGCUGAUACAUCACCAACUUGGCCAGGUUUGCACGGCCCCAGGAUCAUGAGUCAGAACUGAAACUUGGGCUCCAGAGCCCACUGUGGCAAACUAAGAUGCUGUUAAAGAGCUUUUUUUCAGGACACUGGCUGAGUUUUAAUUCUUAUGUUUUGUCUGCUGUGUGAAGGAGCAAUUAGAGAUUGAACCAGUAGUUGAAGGGAGGAUAUCAAGAUUGUGGUUUGGGUAAGAUUUUUUGCAACCCUAGCAAAACAUGGAGACUGAUAUCCAAAGGAAUGCACAACUAGGAAAGUGGGGAGUAACACAGAAACCAAACAAGUAAGCAAGUAUUCUGUGUGAAGAAGCCCUGAAAGAAGGACUUGGAGGUGGGAAGAAUUCUUUGUCACUCUUUGUCUUCUUUGUCAUUCUUUCCACUUAGAGUGAAUUAUUUCUACAGUAUGAAUCUGGCUUCACUAAUACAAUAUUUUCUGGAGUGCAAUGCAAUUGAUAGAGCCACCUGUACAUAGGAAACUUGGGAAGUGCAUGCUUGUUACAUAUGCCCCAGUUGAAAUCCACGCUGUGGCGUUUCCAAGUGACUAGAGUAGACUUCUCCAAGAACCAACCUUUUAGUUGUUUUAGCCGUAUGUUGUGAACAGCUUUCUAACAUGAAUUGUAUGUUUCAAUAGCCUGUUAAGCUGUAGUCAUGCAACUACAAAUAUCCUCUCCUUGAUAUAAAUAUGAAGCAUGGCACAAUCAAAUCACAACUAGGAGGCUACAUGUACCCUUUUAACCCCAGAUUCCCCUUGGGCAAGAUCAGGCAUCUCUCAGAGCCUCAUUUUCUACAGUUAUCCACAGCAGAGCCAGGGACAGAGGAGACACCAGCUCUGUGCAUGUGUACUAGUCAGGAAUAAUUUCUCUUAUGACAGUAGAAUGCAUCUACAUGAUUUCUGCUGUUUAAUGAGUUCCACUGACACCAGGUGUUCCGUUUGCAUGACUAAGUAAAGAAAAAUAGUUGUAGGAAAAGGCCAUGGAGUGUAGGAGAGACUGAGGGGAUGAUUAGUCUGUUUUUAGACAUGAUUUUAAUAUGAAAGUAGAAAUUCCAGGAAGACAGAGGAGAGAGCUUGGCCCACCUUUAGCUCUCAGGAUCCUCUAUCUCCCUCCUCCUGGUUGGCAUUGUUCUUCCCAAAGCACUAGGGCAGGUUCAAAAAAUGUUACUGAAAGGGAAAUGUCUGUUUAUGUGAUUAUAUAUUUUUUCAUUGAGGAUAAUUUCCUGUCUUACCCUUUUUUAAAUAUGCUUUAUUUUUAGUGCAGUUUUAGGUUCACAGCAAAAUUGAGAGGAAGGUGUAAAGAGUCGCUGUUCACCCCCAACCCCACACAUGCAUAGACACCUCCAUUGUCUCAGCCUCCCCCACCAGAGUAGUCCAGUUUUUACAACUGACGAACCUACAUUGAGACAUCAUUAUUGCCCAGAGUCCAUGGUUUACAUCUGGGUUCACUCUUGCUGUUGUACACUCCACGGGUUUAGACAAAUGUAUAAUGACAUGCGUCUACCAUUAUGGUAUCAUACAGAGUAGUUUCACUGCCCUGAAAUCCUCUGUGCUCCACCUGUUCAUCCUUUCCUCCCUCUAGCCCCUGGUAACCACUGAUCUUUUUACUGUCCCUGUGAUUUUGCCUCUUCCAACAUGUCAGUCGUAAAGUAUGCAGCCUUUUCAGAUUGGCUUCUUUCACUUAGUAACAUGCGCUUAAGUUUUCUCCAUGGCCUUAUAGCCCAUUUCUUUUCAGCAUUGAAUAAUAUUCUAUUGUCUGUAUGUACCACAGUUUAUUUAUCCAUUCACCUACUGAAGGACAUCUUGGUUGCUUCUGAGUUUUGGCAAUUAUGAAUAAAUCUGCUAUAAACAUCUGUGUUCUUAUCUUACUCUUUUAGAAUGCAAAAUCAGAAAAUACUCCCAAUUCCUGAAUGUGGAAAACUCUGUAGGUAUGUAAAAAGAAAUCUCCCUUUAGAGAAGGAGAAAAUACACAUGAUUCACCAGCAUUUGACUGAAACAUCAAACAGUUAUAACAAAACAGAUUAUGCCACAAAUGCAUUAUCCCAGGAGUCUGGUGCUGCACAUGCCCUGAGACCCAAGAGAUCAUUUCAACUAUUAGGGAGAAGAGAGGACCUUGGAUUUAGUCCUAAGGAUAUUUUGUACGUAUAUUUUGUAGUUUUUCCUUUGACACUUCAGCAACUUGACCAAAGCACUACUAAACUCUUCUCCAGGGAGAAAGCAUGCAGUACCUGAGCUUGAACUAUCAAUGGUCCUCCAUUCCUCCAUCACAUCCAUCACUGACCUCCUGUAGACCAUGUGGGGCUCACUCUGUACUGGCCAUGGGCUCAGUGCUCUGGGGGAUGACAGCAGUCCUGCCACCGCCCCCAUGUUGGAGAUGAGAACAAGAAGUUGUAGAAAGCCCGAGUAUCCUGCCCAAGGUCACACAGUUGAGAAAUAGUAGCAUUGGGAUUUAACCCCGGUCAUCUCCACCCAACCGCAUUCUUACUACACCUUGGCAGCAGCUGAAUCUGACCUCAUAUCAUCUGGUGUGGUCACUUCAGUGUAUAUGCCAGGAAAUAAAAUUCUGCAGCAGAGAACUGGAGAAUGAACUGAGUUUGAAUUGAGAGGCUGGCCAGAAGGUUGACAUUUCAGAGCCAAACUCAUAGAGGGAAUUUGAUGCCUUUGACAGGGAUGGAUGAACUCUCUCAAGCAAGACACGUUCAGAACAAGGCAGUUAGAGAAGGGAGAGAGCCAGCAUUAAAGGUAGUUAUGGAGAAGGGGAAACAAAGUAAAAUAUCAUAAUGGAAGGUAAGAGCUUUAAAUGCAGAGGGUGAUCUCUCAGGCACCGUGGGUUGCUAUCACAGAAUACUGUAGCCUGGGUGGCUUAAACAACAGACAUUUAUUUCUCACAGUUCUGGAGGCUGGGAAGUCCAAGAACAGAGUGCCAACAUGGUUGGUUCUGGUGGGGCUCUCUUCCUGGUUGCUGACAACCACCUUCUUGCUGUGUCCUCACAUGGCAGAGAGAGAGGAAGCAAGAUGUCUCUUCUUAACAGGGCACGAAUUCCAUUCAUGAGGGCUGCACCCUCAUGACCUAAUCACCUGCCAAAGGCCUCACCUCCUAAUACCAUUACCCUGGGGGGCUAGGGUUUCAAUAUAUGAAUUUGGUGGGGACACAGACAUUCAGUUCAUAACAGGAAUCAUUAGUAUCAUAGGAGAGAGAAGGAAAAAUAAAGCACACAUGAGACCCAGUGGGAGGAAUAAGAGUGGAGGACAAAGGGCAGAGGGCUGGGAAGCAUGUAGAGAGAAGGAACUGAUAGAGCAGAUGUGGACAGGAAGGUUGAAAAAUCUGACAAUAAGCAGGAGGCUACAGUUGCAACCAUUGUUUGGAGGAGCCUUGCCCUCCAAGGAGAGUGUGAGGUAUGCUUAUGGAAAGGUGCAUUGACCUCAGGGCAUGCCUGUGGGUGAGGUGGGAUCAAGCACACAGAAAGCAGAGGGUUAAAUCUAAAAGUGAAAAUGAAAAUAAUACCCAAUUUUAGCUAUAUUAUUUCCCAGGUACCACAUGGAAUGCCCGUGAAUGUAAACUAGAUAUCAGAUCUAAGUACCAGUUUUAACUUUAAAAGGAAAACCAAAAAAGGGCCAUACUCAGUAGCCAUGUUCUUUACUACUUUAAAUGCAAGCUUCCGUAUUAAUGUGACUGUGGCCAUAACCCAUUGCCUGCCAUAUGCUAGGCAUUGAAGUCACCAUGUUGUUAUUUCUUCUUUCUCAUGACAGUCAGUGUCAGAGUUAUUAUACAAACCAGGACUAUGCUUGUUUUGCUCAUCUACAGGGUAUCACGGUUAUAAACUUUAGUUAUUUAUUUCUUCAAUAAACAGAUACAGUAACCCCUUAACACCCCCAUACAUGGAGAAUACAUUCCGAAACCCCAGUGGAUACCUGAAACUGCGGCUAGUACCAAACCCUAUAUAUACUAACUUUUUUCCUACAUACCUACCUAUAAUAAAGUUUAAUUUAUAAAUUAGGUACAGUAAGAGAUUAACAACAAUAAUUUAAAAAUAAUUAUCACAACAUACUAUAAUGAAAUUUAUGUGAAUAUGGUUUGUAUCGCCCUCUCAAAAUAUUUUAUUGUACUGUACUCACCUAUUUUCAGACCAUGGUUGACCAUGGGUAAGAAAAACCACAGAUAAGACAGGACUACUGUACACACAUCUAUUUUUAGCUGGUGCUCUCUAGGUAUCUGCACUGGGCAUCAGGCCAACUGCUGGAUCUCCAGGGGAGAAUGACAGACACAGUCUAUCCCUACCUGGACCUCACAGUAUAAUAAAAGAUAAGCUAGUAACACACACAUGCACAUAAUUGCAAUGAAUGUGAAGCAUAGUAAAGGAAAAAAGUGGGUUUGUGAGAAAAUAAAGGUGGGACUUCGUUGAGAUAAUUUAACCAAGGAAAGCAUUUGAGCAGGUGACAUAGCACCUGAGACCUAAAGGAUGUGUGUGAGUCCUUAUAGGAAAAAUUCCAGGCCAAGGAGGAACGAUCCUGAGAGUGUUGAGGGAAGAAAGCUCACAAAGCAGGAGAAUGAAGAAUAAAAAGAGGUCAUGCGUAGAGAGGUGGAGAGUUAGGCAGGGGCUGCCCAGGUCACAGAAAGGGUCUUCUGUUUCAUUCUCUCUGUAAUUCUCUGUAACUGUAGAAUUAAGGUGAAGGAAAAAUAUGAACCCAUUGAAAAGGUCAUUCAGAUCACUAAACGGAAAAUGGAUUGAGGUGGGGACAGAGAGCAGGAAUGAGGGGCCAUCUCAGCUGCUCUGUGCUGGGGCAGAUGGUAGAAGUGAAGAUGGGGAGAAUCCGGUAGCCUCAGUGCUAUCUUGAAGGUGGAAAUCCUGCCAUGAAAUUACUAAUGCAUCAUGAAAGAAGGCUGAUUAAGAAUGGCUCCCAGGAUACUGGUUUGAUCAACUGAGUAGAUGACAGAACCUUUUACUAAACUGAAGAAAAUUGGAGGAGAAGCCAAUUCGAAGAAGACAGCCAGAUGUGCUUUUUGCCUCAUUAUGUUUGCAAUAACUGGGAGGUAUCCAAGUGGAGACUAAGUGGUCAGAUGUACAAGACGAAGGUAAAGUUCAGAAGAGAGUUGGGGGCUUGAAAUACAAACCUGGAAAGUGUUGGCGUUUGGGUGAUAUUUAAAGACGUGGCUACUGACAGCCUCAUCUAUGGAGAAAGCAUAAGUGAGCAUAAAGGAGCUCAGAGUGGAGCCCUGGGGUGUCAUUUACACGUCAGAUAGCCACAGAAAGGCCAGCCAAGAAGAGUCAGAAGGGGCGGCUGAGAAGUACUCGGAUGAAACAGGAGAGCCAGGUGUUAUUGCAGCAGCAGAGGAGAAUGUUCAAGGAAGAAGUCAUCAAAGACAACAAACACAGGGAGGCAAAUAAAACAGGGAAUGAAACACCCACAGUAUUGGUAACAGGGCCAUCCUGUGGAUCUUAGCAAGAAUAGUCUUGAGGAAAGGCCAAAGCUGAGGCCAGCUGGCACCAGGUUGAAGAAUGAAUGAGGGAUAUUCAUUGGAAUUUCAUUCUAGAUCAAAAUACUCAGUGUGGUGAGAUGACAGUCCUCACGAAUUGGUCUCUAAAUACAGUCCAAAUCCUCAACAUUUCAACAUGGAUUUUUGUGGAAUUUGACAAAAUUUAAAAUACCUAUUGAAUACUAAAGGUCUAAGCUGAGACAACAGUGGGAAAAAAAAGGAGGGUGGAUGGAGAGAUCAACGUUUUAAAUGAACAGUAACUACAAUAUGUGGUAUUCCUGCCUGGGCUGGUGCUGUGGAAGAAACUGGAAAGCCUAGAACCGGCCUUGGACUAUGUAGGAACUCGUACAAAAUAGAGGCAGCCUUAUAAAUCAGCACAAGCUCUGCUGUGGGAAGGUUGGGAAAGGUGGGGUUAUGAGGUGAGGUUGAGAGAUGAGCCACUCAGAAUAUGGGAUGCCAGGCUGAGAAUGGAUGCAUGGCCAGAUUCUUGUGCUGGACAUGAUGGGGUGAUGGAUUUGAGACCUGGUAGAGGAGUCUCUUAGAGGAGAAUGAGCGCUUGGACCUAGCACCUGCUCCUGCAUGGCCCAUGGCCCUGGCCCACAGCCUCCUGUCUCCCUCUCAGUCAGCCUCACCUCUGAUGAGGAGUCAAAAUAGGGAGAUGUAAGUGAAGAUUUCAGACGUUUCCAUGUAUCAUAAUAUGACAUAGUGAAGCAGGCCACAUGUGUUUUUCUGUUACUGUUUUUGCUGUUUUCCAUCUCUCAUUCAGGUGGAUUUUCCUAGAAAUUGACCCAUGCAGGAACAAUCCUCCCAUUGAACACUGUUGACAAAAAGAACCGUGGCAAUGCCAUCGUCACUUCUAACAUUGAGAACUCCUCUAGAAUGUGCUCUUGGCUGAGUUCUCAGGCGCUGUGGUCUCACCUUCCACUGGGGCAACAAUGGGCCAUUUCCAGCAGGGACGGUGCAGUGUUGGCCUGCAUGCCUGACUGCCACACACCUCCAGAAUCAGGUGUCUGAAAAGUGGCAGUGACAAAAGAAGAGACUCUCCCGGCCGAGGCCCCAGUGCAUGGAGAGAAGGAAGAAAUCAAUUUCCUAAUUGGUACCAUAUACAUCAGAUGGAUGGUUUCUAGUGUGCUUCCAAACCCCACCUCGGCUGAGUGUUGGGCAGCACUUCUACAUGAUCCUAUGACUCUUGAUAUGGACGCAGUCCUGUCAGACUUUGUUCGGUCCACGGGGGCAGAACCUGGUCUGGCCAGAGACCUGCUGGAAGGCAAAAACUGGGACCUGACAGCCGCUCUGAGCGACUAUGAGCAGCUCCGCCAGGUGCACACAGCCAAUCUGCCGCAUGUGUUCAACGAAGGGAGGGGUCCCAAGCAGCCAGAGCGAGAGCCACAGCCCGGGCACAAGGUGGAGCGGCCCUGCCUGCAGAGGCAGGACGACAUUGCCCAAGAAAAGCGACUUUCCCGGGGGAUUUCCCACGCCAGCUCAGCCAUCGUCUCCCUGGCCCGGUCCCACGUGGCGAGUGAAUGCAACAACGAGCAGUUCCCCCUGGAGAUGCCAAUCUACACAUUCCAGUUGCCAGACCUGAGCGUGUACAGCGAGGAUUUCAGGAGCUUCAUCGAGCGGGACUUGAUCGAGCAGGCAACAAUGGUGGCUUUGGAGCAGGCAGGUCGCCUGAACUGGUGGUCCACUGUGUGCACGAGCUGUAAACGGCUUCUUCCUCUGGCCACGACAGGGGAUGGGAACUGCCUUUUACAUGCUGCCUCACUGGGAAUGUGGGGGUUUCAUGACCGGGACCUGGUGUUACGGAAAGCUCUCUACACCAUGAUGAAGACGGGAGCUGAGAGGGAAGCCCUGAAGCGGAGGUGGAGGUGGCAGCAGACGCAGCAGAAUAAGGAGUCAGGGCUGGUGUACACAGAGGAGGAGUGGGAGCGGGAGUGGACGGAGCUGCUGAAGCUGGCCUCCAGUGAGCCGCGCACACACUUCAGCAAGAAUGGCGGCACGGGCGGGGGUGUGGACAACUCUGAGGACCCUGUGUACGAGAGCCUGGAAGAGUUCCACGUUUUUGUCCUAGCCCAUAUAUUAAGAAGGCCCAUCGUUGUUGUGGCAGAUACAAUGUUAAGAGACUCAGGUGGAGAAGCAUUCGCACCCAUCCCAUUCGGAGGGAUCUACCUGCCCUUGGAGGUCCCUCCCAACAGAUGCCACUGCUCGCCUCUGGUUCUGGCCUACGAUCAAGCGCAUUUCUCUGCCCUCGUGUCCAUGGAACAGAGAGACCAGCAAAGAGAACAAGCCGUGAUCCCCCUGACGGAUUCUGAGCACAAGCUGUUGCCUCUGCACUUUGCAGUGGACCCUGGCAAGGACUGGGAGUGGGGGAAAGAUGACAACGAUAACGCCCGGCUGGCCCACCUUAUCCUGUCGCUAGAAGCCAAGCUGAACCUUCUGCACAGCUACAUGAACGUGACGUGGAUCCGGAUCCCCUCUGAGACACGGGCGCCCCUGGCACAGCCGGAGUCUCCCACGGCCUCGGCAGGGGAGGACGUGCAGUCCCUGGCCGACUCGCUGGACUCGGAUCGCGACUCGGUGUGCAGCAAUUCUAACAGCAAUAACGGCAAGAACGGCAAGGACAAGGAGAAGGAGAAGCAGCGCAAGGAGAAGGACAAGACGCGCGCCGACUCCGUGGCCAACAAGCUGGGCAGCUUCAGCAAGACGCUGGGCAUCAAGCUGAAGAAAAACAUGGGUGGCCUCGGCGGCCUGGUGCACGGCAAGAUGGGCCGCGCCAACUCCGCCAACGGCAAGAACGGGGACUCGGCCGAGCGGGGCAAGGAGAAGAAGGCCAAGUCGCGCAAGGGCAGCAAGGAGGAGUCGGGUGCGUCGGCCAGCACGUCGCCGUCGGAGAAGACCACGCCGUCGCCCACGGACAAGGCGGCGGGCGCGUCGCCGGCGGAGAAGGGCGGUGGGCCGCGGGUCGACGCCUGGAAGUACAGCACGGACGUGAAGCUGAGCCUCAACAUCCUGCGCGCCGCCAUGCAGGGGGAGCGCAAGUUCAUCUUCGCCGGCCUGCUGCUCACCAGCCACCGGCACCAGUUCCACGAGGAGAUGAUCGGCUACUACCUGACCAGCGCGCAGGAGCGCUUCAGUGCCGAGCAGGAGCAGCGGCGCCGCGACGCCGCCACUGCUGCCGCCGCCGCCGCCGCCGCGGCCGCCGCCGCCGCCUCCACGGCCAAGCGGCCGCCGCGCAGACCGGAGACGGAGGGCGCGCCGGUCCCGGAGCGCGCCUCUCCGGGCCCGCCCACGCAGCUGGUGCUCAAGCUCAAGGAGCGGCCGAGCCCCGGGCCCGCGGCAGGGCGGGCGGCGCGGGCGGCGGCGGGCGGCACGGCCUCCCCGGCGGGAGGCGCGCGGCGCGCGGGCGCCAGCGGACCAGUCCCUGGCCGCAGCCCCCCGGCGCCAGCGCGCCAGAGCGUCAUCCACGUGCAGGCGUCGGGCGCGCGGGACGAGGCGUGCGCGCCGGCCGUGGGGGCGCUGCGGCCGUGCGCCACGUACCCGCAGCAGAACCGCUCGCUAUCGUCGCAGAGCUACAGCCCGGCGCGCGCCGCCGCCCUGCGCACCGUCAACACGGUCGAGUCGCUGGCGCGCGCGGUGCCUGGAGCCCUACCGGGCGCGGCCGGGGCGGCGGGGGCGGCCGAGCACAAGUCGCAGACCUACACCAACGGCUUCGGCGCCGCGCGCGACGUCCUGGAGUUCGCCGACGCCGACGCGCCGACCGCGCGCUCGAACGGUGAGUGCAGCCGUGGCGGCCCGGGGCCGGCGCAGCGGCGCUGCCAGCGCGAGAACUGUGCGUUCUACGGGCGCGCCGAGACCGAGCACUAUUGCUCCUACUGCUACCGCGAGGAGCUCCGGCGGCGGCGCGAGGCGCGCGGGGCCCGGCCCUGAGCGGCGCGGCGCGGGCGGCGAGGUUCUACCUUCGAGGAUUUCUUUUCCAUUGUGUCGGUGUCUUUUUUACAUGCCCUGGUCCACCGGAAGGCCGGCGCCUCCUCUGUCAGUGCCGUGUACGUGUUUGGUCAAACGUUCCUAAUGGUGCCUGAACCUACACUGACGCCACUCAGGUAGUAGACGGAUAGGAAACAAGUCAUACUGUUGGAAGUGGGUGUGCUAGCCUAGUAUCUGCCUCGUACCUGUGGAAACUCAAUAGCCAUUGCAAGAGUAUUUUUGUUCCUCAAUAAGAGAAAUAAAGAAAUUCGCAGCCCUUUGUUUUUAGAAGGGAGUGUUUUACAUGCUUUUUUUUUUUUUUUUUUUUCUCCUAACCUAGCGAUGACUUCUUCCAGGUAGCGGUCCCCUGUGCGCGGUUGGUAGUACCCAGGGCUUAGAGCGAGCGCGCACCCGGGGCUGCGGUGGAGGCUCCUCUGCGGGCUCUACCUGCCUCCCAUCCCGGGGCCUAGGAGAAGGCGGGAACCUGGCCGCCGGCUGACGCCCUUGUGGUCACUGUGGCCCUUUAGAAACACACAGCUCCAUUUCAUAAGCAAAACCUCCUCCCCCAGCCCCGGCUCAAGCACCAUUCACACUGCCAUCCAAGCCGCGGGCGGCCGUGGAAAGGGCACUGGACCACCCGUCUCGCGGGCGCGGUGAGGUACAGCGAUGGCUCCCAGUGCCGCGCAGCUCAGGUGACAGGAGCUUUCCAAAGACACCUAGGGUCCAAAAAGCAGGGUUCCCAUCUCACAAUUUGGAUUUGCUCACAGAGGAGCAGAUAGGACAGCCUGCUCACUUUUCUGCUUUGAAGGCACUUCCACAGUGGACUGUCGCUGGCGGGCCCCUGGGCGGUGACCUUCGGUGCCCCAGGAGACAGCGAGGAAUUGACCCUUUGGUCACUGUGUAAGCCCCCACUAGGCUGCUGCUCUUUCCAGAGGGAAGGGGCUGGGGGAACCAGGAAGGAAGCCCACCUCCACACCUGCAUCUGUCUGGGUUCAGCCAGGUAAAGGGACUCACUGUGAUCGUGGCCUCUCCACGGGGCAGGACGACCCUGCCUCCGUCUCGUGACACAAUGAGGGAGCAGCCCGAUCCCUGAGCGGUCUCUUUUUUGGUGCCUCCUACAUUUCUUGAGGAAAAAAAAAUGUGUCCUUAGCUACCCUGUUUUGAGCAGCAAUAUGCAGCCUCUUCCUUCCAAGAUUACCUCCGGAGAACACCGUUCUUGGCCAAGGACACUGAGGAGCUAAAUCUGCCUCACUAAGGAACGAGCUUGUUUCCAAGAAAUGAGGAUAAGAUGGGUAAAAUCCUCACUAACAAAAGAAUACUAUAAAACCUGUGAGAGCCUUAGAAUAGCUUCUAAUAAUCCUAGGACAGGAGAAAGCACCUGGCUUUGCUGUGAGUGUAUCCUCAGAAAAAGCAGGAGGUCGACCAUCUCUUCACUGGAGCCAGCUUCUCCUCUAGAAACGAUGCUUUUUUCCCUAACUAAAGAGCAGCAAAAACAAAAAAAAAGGGGGGGAGAGGGGAUUUUUUUUUACUUGUUUGAGAAAUUAUAAUAAAAUAAUUGAGUAUCUCCUGUGAGUAAUGCCUUUUUGUUUUUAAUUAUUCCACAGCAGGUGGAGUUUUCAGUAAUUUGUUCAAGUUUUGCAUAAGUGGUUCCUUAAAUCAAAAAUUAUUUAUUAAAUAGGAUCUUUAAGAAAUUUUUUGAAAGUUUUACUUUUCCUGCUGAACAAUAUUUUCAAUGUGUGAUAAUUACUGUACUAACAUCCAUGUCCCUACUAUUACUGGGGUUUCUUUUAUUACUCAGAAAACAAAAGUGGUUUUAAAAAAAUCUCAUGGAGAGGGUCUGUGGCAGCUUUCUGGACUGAUUCUUUGUGUCACGCUGAGCAGCUGCUUUGGCAUCCAAAGCUGUGGGGUCACAGAAAGUGUUCCUUCAGGUGUGAAUGCCGGCCACUCCUCAUGCUCCUCACUCUUAAAAGAUUGAGACACCCAACCUUAAAAAUGCUUCAAUAAUCCAUUCAGAAACCAAACUCGUAUGCACAAGAUGUCAAGGAGGCAUAAAGUCAAUUCUUGCUUGCUUGUUUUUUUCAUUUUUUAAUGUAAAAACAGCCAACCAGAAAUUUCUAAAACUGGCUAUGCAAAUUCAGAUAUUUUCUUUCUCACACUAUCUGCCAGGUUUGUUUAAUUUAAAAAAAAAAGAGAGAGAAUAAAAACAGUCCAUUGUAAUAGAGGAAAACCUUCCAAACCAGGCAGAGUACGUAAUUAUCAAAACACCAGGACCUAUUCUACCCUUGCAUUUCUAAGUUACCUCCACCCAUCACCAUCUGAUGACAGAUGUGCCCUAAAUAAGAGCCUGAGAUAAAGCCACUGGCUGCAUCCUGCGCCCCAGCUUCUCAGUGUGGUAACGAGGCGCCAGACGCCUGUAGACACCUGCUCCAGGCUGAUACAUUACCACUCAGUCCACAUGACUUAGGAAUAGCCAUUUCCUUUUGUGAGAGAUCUGGAUCCAUCCUUUCUCUAAACAGUAUGAAAAAUGCAAAGGGGAGAGAGCCGAUGGUCAUAUUAAAUGUGCUAGUCCCGUGCACCGACAGCAUGCUCCUUGAGAAGAGGCGUUUAGACCUCGUCCCUGGCUGCAAACCAACUUCAGCAGGCUGGCCAGGAACUAAUAAAAACUGUGUUGACUGUAUGUGGGCCAAGGGCUUCCCUCAUGUUCCAUGGCAUGAGGGCCCUUUGCAGAGCAGGGAAAAAGGGAAGAAGGUGAGUCCCACCGGGGUGCAUGGCCCUGCUGCCCUAGCUGACCCUGCCGGAGAGCAGCCUUCCCCACCUGAUCUGGCCACACUUCCCUUUCUAGAAAGGACAGGUGUCUCCAAGGGACUGCAGGUUUCCAGAGAAUCCCAGAUACUUCUAAACCCCUGCGAAGGUUAUUUCAGAAAUUUACUUUACAUUUCCUGCACAUUUGUUAUCUGGGUAAAUGAUUUUUUUAAUAUAUUGUUAAGGGAAGGUGUUUUUCAGUGUAUUCUGUUUGUAGAUUUUAUGCUGUGUUACGUUGAAAUUUUACAAGACAAGUUUAAACUGUACUAUAAAAAUUAUUUUUGUAUUAUUUUCAGAACAUGCCACAGAGCAAUAUUUUGCACGCUUUAUUGUCACAGGGUUGUCCCUUGGAAGGGUAACUGGAGGUGGGAAGGAGCUGUGCUAUGGGCUCCGGGGGGUUAAACGCUUUUUGCUGCUUGUUCAGAUACCUUCUGAAAGUGGGAAUGUAUCAAUGUCUUUUUUUAUUGAAAGCUUGAUUUCCUUUUUUCUGUUCAUGGAUUUUGGUACUGUACCUUUCCUCUUAAAUGAAUACUUUGUAUUCACUAAAUUACUGUGGGCUUUUUCUUACCUAUUACCACCCAGUGGCAUUUGAAUCUAUUACUUUACAAAUCGAAUGUUUUCCCAAAUGAUUUAAUUUACUACUUCUCAUAGCUUACUGUCAAGAAUUGGGGGGCUGAAGAUAAAAGGACCCUCCAUGCCCCCCAGGCGCACACCUCAGGGUGUGGACAUCCUCCAUGCAGUGCCCGUCCUGUCUCUGGGGAGGGGCAAGGGUCCAUCGCGCACCCCCACCUCCCCCCACUUAGUGUCCACAAACUUAUUUUGCAAACUAUUCUACUUUGCAAAAAUAAACUUAACAAAAUAUACUUCCCAUUAGUUAAGAUAAAAGGGCUGUACUUAUCAGUGGUGGGAAAUUUGUACAAGGAAAAACAGACUUUUCCAAAUCCAUGUGUGUAAGUUCCAUUCCAUGUGAGUCUUUUAUUUACUAAGAGACCUGGAGUAAAAGCUGAAGGCAUAUACUGUAUGUUUGGGGCUCCUUUCUUUAUGGACAUGAUUCUUUUUCUCCUCAUCUUGGUGUGGACUUUACAAAUUAAGUACCCCCAGUGUUCUGUCCUUUUUCUUUCUUCAGUGCUUCUAAUAAGAAGAAGUGUGUUUCUGUGGCUGAGCGAGCCCUGCUGGGUCAGACAGACCUUACCAGCUCUGGCUUCAUCCUCGUUGGGCUGCAGAGGCGGCCCCUGCUCUAGUUGAGUCCGGUUCUGCUGCCAGCUGAGGACAGACACACCGUAUGAAGGGCCCAGAGGUGGCUGGCAUGCCAGGGAGCAGGUAGCCCCUUCCAAAACGCCUUAAAGUGGUGGCUCUCUGGAGAUCUGAGGCACCACCUUCCCAUUUACUCCUGACUCUAAACUCUAGCUGGCCUGUUUCAGUGUGGCUGGCCGGGGCAGUGACCAGCGCUCAGCUUUGUUCUUAUUUAAUUCAAGUCCACCCUGUUGCCCGUGUCGUCUCCACAGCUCUGGGUCUGUUGGCCCAGAGUGUAUUUCUGCCAGUGCUGCCUCACUGACUCGGGAGUGGGUCCUGGGUAGUUCAUGAUAGAGAGGCCAGCACACGCCAUGGGGAGAACCCCCCACGCUCACCCCAGGAAGCCCUGCGGCACAUCCAGGCUGGACCACUCUGCAAGCUUCUGUCACGAAAGACAGCUCCGGGCACUGUGCAAAUUGGCCUGUUAGCAGUUAUGCGGGUCCCUUCUUUUCCAAAAGAUCUAUUAUUCCUCCCCACUGCACCCCCAGCAGAAAAGAGCAAGGGAGAUGCCCUGCAGGGACCCCUUGGGAACAACAGUUAUGUGCAGUCUGUGCAGUAUGAAGAACUUGGCCCCACCAGGCUGAGCCGAAGACACACGUAAUUGUAGAAUAGCACUGAAGCCAUCGUCUCCAACCAUGCUAGUAAUGUUACUGUUUCUAUUUAUUUUGCCAAAUAAUUUGUUGAAAAUUGCAUUUUUGCUAUUUUAAUCUUGCCAAAAAAGGGGGCCUCACUAAUCCUCAUUAUGUACAUACAGAAUGAUGCACAUUGCUUAUAUCUUUUUAUUCCUCCCAAAGAGCAUCUCAAGGAUAUAUAUAUAUACAUAAUUUGUUAGUUUAACAUAAGGCAAAGAGUACCAUUUGGUUUUAAGAGUAAAUAUAGGCUGAAUUUAUUCAAGACCAAAGCAACCUAUUUAAUGAGGACAAAUUAGUGAAACCAGCUGUUUUAGAAUUUAUCUACAGACACUGGAGUGCUACUUUAAAUGAAGAAACAGCCUCCCAUGGCAGAGGAAAAGCCAGGUCCUUACAAAGGCCUCUCCCACCCCAGUACUACUUCUGCCUGCUGCUCUGCCCUGGGAUGUAGGCCUUCCUGCCAUUUCUAGUCACAGGCACCUUCCUGCCUCAGGGCCUUUGCACAAGCCAUUCCUUCUACCUGAACAUUCUUCCCCAGAGAGCCACAUGGUUCACCCCUCACUACCUGCCAGUCUUUGCUCCAAUGUCACCUUUCAACGAGGCCUUCCCUGACUUCUUUAUUUAAAAGGACAACACGCCCCACCCUCCUCCCUACCCACCUCUCUGCAUCUUCUUCUUGUGCACCUAUCACCAUCUGAGUGCUGUAGAUGUUAAUCAUUCAUCCAUUUAUUUGAUUCUUGCCUCCCCAUCUCCCAUAGACUGUAAGCUCUAUGUGGGCAGGAACUGUUAUAUGUCUUGCUCAUUGCUGUAUCCUGGUGCCUACAACAGUGCCUGACACGUAUUAGGCACUGGAUAAGUAUUUAUUGAAAAAAGGAAAUGAAAUCAGUAAAUUGAAAACUAUUAAGAGGCCAGAAAAUGUCAAUUUCAGCUUUCAUCAAAUCCGGGUUCUAUUAUUGUGAGAACUUUAGCUGACCCAGUGACCUGGCUCCUAUGGGUACAAGAUGGUUAGUUACACCGGGCAGCAGCGGUGGCUUCUGUUCACAGACAAGUGAAUGCCUGCCCUGCCGCUAGCCCCACCUCACAAACGUGAGGCUCACUGUUGGCAGGGGAGCAUUUUGGAACCAGCUGGGAUGAAGACAGUUUUCUACAGGUAGCUUUCGUAGCCAGAUGCACAGUAGUGGGUUCCCGUCACUCCAUGAGGUCACUGUAGACCUGGACCAUUCCAGAGAAUCCUUUGUAAUCAGUCUUUAGGUGUCUCCCAGUCCUUCCCGGUUCAACACAGGUGGCAGCAGAUGGCCCAGCCCAGGGGAAGUCCACCUGACCAUUAGAAGGACUCAUCCUCCAGCAACCAAAGCAAGGCUGCAGAGGAAGAGGAGCUUGUCACAAACAUGAACUGGCACAGGGCUGGGUAACUGCAUUGACAAAUUUGGAAGCAGCAGGGCCAGAGAGCCAAGGUCCCCGGAUAUCCCCAUUGGCCACUGGUGGAGGUGCACUGGAAGGUCAGAGCCUUGACACCACAGAGCCAAGCAACACACACCUCCUUGGGCCCAGGCCCCAGCAUGGUGGCCCUCCAGUGCUGGCAGGUGGCCUCACCCACAGCAGGGGAGGCGUGGGUCCUCUAAUGACCUUCCUGCCCCUGCCAGAUGAUUUUCACAACUACCUAAGCUUGGUGUUUACUUCUAGGUCCUUUGGCCAAAUGCGUUUUCUUCUAAGAGUUGUUGGCAAAAUACUGUUACAAGCUUCUUAUGAGACUUUGGUCCUACUGUGGCCUGGUUAAAGGCGUCGUCCUUCUGUUUAAUCCACUUCCGUGGUUUUGCUGUCAUUUCUCUUGAUGCCAUAUUUUCAGGUCCCUCAUGGGAGGGUGUGUAAGGUCUCCAUCGUAAUGCCCUCUCUGCAGCUGUCCAGCCAGCAGUGAGUGGGCCCACACAUGUACGUUCCUGUGCUUGAAUUGCCAAAUAAACAGUGUCCCUUUCAUUGCUGCCCAAACAGACUGGAGGCCUGCUCUUGCCAGCACUCAGGGAGGGAGUGUGUGCUUCCCAAGAGUCUGCCCCCUUGGCCCAUGCAAACUUUCUCCAAGGCAGGUAUCUCUGGAGGUCUCCCAGGCCCUAUGGGCUGUCCAGCUCUUAUGCACACAUUCUUCCCGCUUGCAGGAAUGGAAUCCAAACACCUGAUAUGGAAUGAUGACUUGGCAGUGGGGAGUGGGGCAGCUUGUCUCCACUAACUUAGGACCAAAACUAGGAAGCUCACCAUGAGCAUGUGUUGGAGAUCAGCUGUGGCCUCCAGCCCCCGUACACACAGAGGCAAGCCCCACCUCUGACAGAGCCAGUCACCAUUCAGUAGGAGCUUGUCUUCCCUGGGCCCCCAGGUGGGAAAGGCUGGGCUCUUAGUCCUACAUAUAAGGCGCUGUUAGGAGCAAGGAACAGGGUCAGCUGGGUCCACAGAGGGACUAAGCUCCUUAGUGACCCGUUACUGCCUCAUCUACGGAGUUUGAACUCCAUUCACCAUCACCUUUGAGAAUUUGGCCUUGUUUUAACCAAGGAUUGUUGAAGUUAAUUAUAACAAGGGACCAUCCUUACCCUGUAUUUGCUUUGUUCCAUUAAACGUGCGUUUGGCCUAAUGAAGUCAGUGAAUGUUCCUCUUUCUUUUUUCUUUUUUGGUUUCUUUGACUGAUUUUUGGAUGACAUAUGUUGCUUUAUUUCUCCCAUUUUCUUUGAUUACUGUGGACAAAGGAAAACACUGAGGCAAAAAUAGGUCGUCAGUCACAUUACUUUGACCCAGUUGUGCAGAACCCCUUUCUACCUGCAGGUGUUAAUUCCAAUUCAAUGCAAAUAUCCUUUUCAAUCCGGUCCAUUCUUGGAGAAGAAACCCAUUGUAAGAGCUGUCUUCUGUGGUUGGGAUAUUACUUUGUAAAGUAUUAAAGCACUAAACCAAUUUUUGCAAUAUGUAGUAAAUCUUGCUUUCAUUUUGGAAAACUUCCAGUAAUGACUACUGCACUUUUUAUAGAAGAAUUGUAUUUAAUUUCUUUCUUUUAUGAAAGAUUAUUUCAAGUAAAAAUAGCUCUGUAAUCUGUGUGACAUGGCUUCUCCAUUACCUGACACAGAGAGAAGCUUUGAUGCCUACUCAAUAAAAUUAACAUGUUUGUAAA